CUCGUGAACGCGGACUCCGUCGAGCAAGCAAAGCGCCAUCUCACAAGCACCAUAAGACCUCACGCCGUCAUCGUCGGCGACGUCGCGCUCCUCACUCCCCAGUUCCACGACGUUCUCACCCUGCUCAUCGACUACGUCGCCGUCGGUGGCACCGUCGUCCACGCCGGUCUCUUCAGCGGCCUAGCCUCGCGCCGCGGCGACGUCGACGUCGGGGCCUACUUCAAGCGUGCGUGGAACCUCCCGUGGCACACAGGCUCACGUCGCCACACUCGCGGCCCCACGCGGCUGAACGCGAUCAUCCGCCAGCGCCACUCGUUCGCGCCGCGCCUCCCGAAGCAAUACACGCAGGCGGCGGUCUUGGUGAACGAUGUCGAGCUCGAGGAUGCUCUCUACCUAACCGAGGACGACUUCAAGACGCACGUCUCUCAGAAUAACGGCGGGAAGAACAAGCCUGCGGGGUCCCGAGCGUGCGUGCGAGCUGCGGCCGCGUUCGCCAGAGUCGGCGGGGGCCACGUCGGAUACGUGGGGGAUGUGUUGCCCCAGCACGCCACGUCGACCGUCGUCCUUGGAAUGUGCUUUCAUCUCCUCUCAGGUCCGCCAAUGGCCCCUGGGUCUGCCGGGAAGGUGUUGCCACCUAUCAAGAAAAACUCAAAGUACAAGAAGGGAAAGGGCAAGCAGGCGAACCCACAGCCCGUCGCACUGGGGAAGAAUAUCUGGGACCCUCAAGCGGCUGAACGCGCCGUGGCCCGCCGCACGGAGCAACGGGCCAGAACCCACCAGAGGAAGAGCCAGGAAGGAGACGGACUGAAGGACGAGGGCAACGCGCUGUUCAGGGCAGGCCACUGGGCCGCGGCGGCGGAGAAGUAUCGCGCCGCUGUGCAGGUUGUGGGUCCCCAGCCCAUGUAUCUCUCGAACCUGGCUGCGUGUUUGCUCAAGUAUGAAGCUGCCGACAGUGCCGCAUCUCGCGCGCUCAUGUACGAGCCCAAUCAUCUGAAGGCUUUGUACCGAAGGGCCCAAGCGCGCGUGGAAAUGGGCAGACCGAACGCCUCGGAAAACGAAGACUUGCUUCGUCUGCUCAAGAUAGACCCUGACAACGGCGCUGCUCUCGCGGAACAACAACGCUUGGAGGUUCAUCGCAAGGAGGUCGAUGAAUUGGGACCUCUCGACACCGAUAUCUCAUGGGAAGGGGACCCCGACGACGAUGCCGCUGUCGCUGCCGCCGUUUCCGAAACCAUCACCCCGCUACCCAUCGAAGACGAGGACGAGUCCGACACGGAAGACUUUGCGCACAACGGGAACGGCACGCCCUGCAAGUUCUACAACCGCGCUCGAGAGGGCUGCCGCAAUGGUGUGCGGUGCCCAUACCGCCACGCGCCUGACGUGCGCAGCGUCCGCGACAAGCUCGGGCGGAACGUCUGUCUGUACUGGCUCGUCGGCGCUUGCAAGUUUGACAGCCCGGAGCGCAGCCAGUGCGUCUACUCGCACCACGACAACUACCUCCCCGAACGCGGGUGGUGGAAGGACGAGGCGCGGCUCUCGGACAUCCGCGCCCGCUUCCGGGACGCGGUGCGCGCGCAGCCCCUCCGGCGGAUGUGGCUCAUGGGACGCCGGGAGGACAUCAUCGCGGAGGCGCCGCGGCCCACGUCGUGGCGGCGCGACCUGUGGGCCGUG